AGCUAACUCCCGCCUCCUCAGAGAUGACGUAGUGGCGGGCUUCCUGCUUUCAGUCUCCGAACUUGCAUGUUGUUCGUCUUUAACGACGAUUUUCAGACAUCGACCGAAGUUUAAUGUGUGUUUAAAUGUGUUUAAAUGUGUGUUCGUUAGGUAAAAAGAGUUUAAUUUGCAGGUCGGCCGUUAUUUGUUGCACCGUUGUUCGCAAAGACGAGACGAGAGGACGCUGCCUCCAUUGAACGUUAGUGAAGUGCUCUUCAUGUCUCAACGCUUCCCUUUUAUUUCAAUAAAUGGCUGAGAGUUACAAGUUGGAAGAUGAAGCCUUCCCCAGCUUCCUGCUCAAGUCUGUGGAUAGCAGCACUUUGGAGAACGUGACACUGGGAUCUGGGCUUGGACUACCAGUAGCGGCUUCUACUGUGGCUAAGAUUAGACCUCCGUCUAACGACAGAGGAGAUUGUGCUGAGGCGUCCUACCUGGAGGAAAGAACACGGCAGCAGGAAACCUCCCAAGCAUCACAAUCCAUGCAGUACAAGUUUGCCCUCAGUUUCAAAGAGGAUAUGAUGGUCAAUGCAGACGACUUCAUUGCUGCACAUAAUCUGUCAGACAUGCUGAUUAAAUUGAAUGUGGAUGACCCAACAUCUCGAAACCAAGGCACAGUGCUUUUUCCUCUUCCCACUCAGAUGGGUUCGAACCAGGACGAACACACGGAACUCCAAACGGAUCUGUCAGAAGGCCCCUUAACAUUUUCUCAGUUUGGACAUACGGAUCGUACGGACAUGAAAGUAGGUACCAGCCUUUCUGUUGCUUUUACCACUCUUUUACAGUCUUCUGACUGCCUGUUUUUCUGUGAUCCUUUCCUGCUGGCUCCAUCCACAACUCAGAAAGACAAUGUUCAGAGUGAAGCUGUGGACAGUGACCAUUUCAGUGACUACAACUCCAGUUUUUUGGCAAAUGAAAAGCUGAUAUCUGUGGACAGCAUGAACAGUUACAUCACAGAUGAUGACUUUGAUUUCUUUGACCUUCCUGCGGAUAAGUUGGAGCUCUGCUUGAAUAAUCUGCUGCCUUCAGCCGUGGAAAGAGGCACGGUGGAUGGCCAAGAGCUCCCAGCUACAGAAAACGUCCAAAUGCCGGACGUGCGUAUGGCUGCCACAGGGAGGGACUCCUGUCCUGCCAGUGACGAGGACACGGAGGAUGAGCUUGAGUCUGCCAGACGGACCAGCCGUUCCACGAGAGCGAAGCUGCUGCCAAGAAUCUCCAGACAAUUGGUCGGUGAGAGCAACCAUCCCAGCUUCAGGCCAGGUUUAGAAGGAGGAAGCUCUGAGGAUGAAUCGAGUAAGCCCGGCCGUCCAUGUCUGUCUGGAAUUGAACACAGAAGAUCUGCUGAAGGACAAGUUAUUAGCACUCCUGUCACAGGAGACGGAGGUGUUGGCGAUGGCAGCAGUGGGAGUGAAGAAAGUGGAAACAGACUUUCGACAAUCGCAUUUCCAACGACAACAACGGAUGUGCGGCGAGGGCUGGGCCUCGUGGGCAGCAGUGCCGUGGCUGAAGAUGGAGACUGUGCUCGUAACAUUGGAACAGGAAGGAGCAACCUCUCCACCUGUGCACAGAUUGGUGAUCGUGUGGGUCCUGUUGGAACUGUUGAAGGUGGCACCUCUAAAAGUGCAUCGGGAAGUCAAAGAGUCUCUCCUGUGAAUUGGAGCAUGCUUAAAGACAGACAGGAAACACAUGGGAGAGGAGGGCCGUGUGGAUUUUCGUCUGCAGCUGUGGUGUCAGACACGACCAGUGAAGAAGACAACUAUGAUCUUUCUACCUCCCUGGAGCCCAAAUAUUUCUGUACCAGCUUCCACGAGCAACAAGGAGACUCAGAUGACGGAGGGAACGAGUGUUCUGACGAGUUGGACUUUCAGCAAGCUGCCGAUGCUUCGAACAGUGUGGUGUACCAGAAUGAGGAAGGCGAGUGGGUUACAGACCUGGCUUAUUAUGCCUCCUUUGAGAAGGAGCUUGAUAAGAACCCACCACUCAAUGAUGGACACGUUACAGCCGAAGAAUUUGCUUCUCCUGGUGAUGCUUUAGAGAAAAUCAUCAAAGAUCAGGAGGAAUUUGAAAAAGAGCACCCGUUUAUGCAGGAGGAGCAGAUUGUAGCAGCCAACGCUAGCAACACUACCUUUCUCAUGGACUCUUCUUGGAAAGCUGAUCCCAGGAGUCACGUCUUGAUGAGAGCAUCUCAGGUGGCUUCUGAGUUUGACAAGGGCGAUCAAAGCUACCUGCGGCUGUCGUUGGGACAGUUUAUUCAACAACGCUCUGAAGCAUUGGGCUGUCUUGGCAGCAGUCGGAAUGGGGAAGGAGUCAAACGGCCAUCCUUUGGCUAUGUUAUCAGCUCACCAGAGAAGAGGGAACCGUUUGCGCUGCUUGAGCCAUCUGACUUGCCAGCAGGAGAGACGAAUGACUCUGUGGAAGUUGGGGACACCGAUGAAACGCUUCAUGCCGAUGACUUGGAUAAAACCAUGGAGGUCGAGAAUGAAGGGAUGUCCCUAAAAGAGAGGAACACAUGUCAGGACCCUAGCAACCACGAUGCUGUUCUUGGUGACGAGUGCCCCGGCACCACACUUAGUGUGCUCAAUCAAAGCAACAUGUCCCCCCAAAGCAAGCUCACGCAGAGCAUCAGCACCAUCGCAUCAGUCAUUGCAGAUGCAUCCUUCAGUACUGACCCGUCAGAGCUGGCCGCUAUGAUCAUAGAACUGCAGAAGAAAGACAGGAGUUGCUCGCGACCCCCUCAACAAUUUGCACCUGAGAAAGUCACAGAGGAACAAUGCUUGCAUCUACUUCCUGAUGUAUUGGACACUGUCCAGAAAAGUACUGCUGUAGGAGACAUAAGUGCCUUUGACAUGGAGAAAUACUUCAAAAAGAUGGACACACCUGAACAGACUGAUGCAUCUAUAGCACAGAGCAGCUUUGAUCUCAGCAGCUGGGCGGACAACCUAGAGGCAUGUAAAAAAAUGAUGCAGGCAGGAAGUAGAGUGGCAGCAUGUUCAGGCAAUGCUUUGGAGAGUGAAAGUGGCCCAUCUGCAGUGCACGGGAGGGGGAACCAGCAGCAGCAUGUCACUCAGUCUGCAGAGCUGCCCGCUGAAGCUAAUGUGGAGGAGACACAAUGUAACUUCCGACCCUCCACCGCUCCUUUAACUCACUCUUCUCCGAGUCAGAGCUUCGCUCCUCAAGCUGAUGGUAUGGCAUCACCAUCUUCCCCUGAUGGCAAACGACCAUGUCAAGACCUCUCUCCUGAAUCCACGUGCUCUAGCCCUAGUCUCAGCAGGCUCACAUACAUCUCAAGGAAUGACGCCACCACUGUCGAACCCACACCACGAAACCAAAAGAAUAAUUCUACCAUGGCACUCAGCACCACCAUCAUCAGGUUCAGUCCAACCCCUCCUGUGGAUUCAGAAGCACCAAGUAACCAGGAUAUACCAGACCAUUCCAGGAAGCUCCAACAAGUUCCACCAAAACACUGCAAAAGUCUGGAACAGCUGCCCGCCCAGUCUAGUAACAAGCCAGAACCGUUAUGUGGUGCCACUGGUCUGUGCUGUACCCGCAGUCAGAGUGAAUGUGGCUGUAGCUGUCCUGGCGUUAAACACCUUGGUGUGUGUGCAAGUUGCAGGCGACAAAACAACGUCCCUCAGCCCAAUGUAAGGCAACUCACUAAAGUGGACUCCGGCUAUUGCAGUCAUUCUCACAUUCCAAAAACGAGCACCACAGCAAACCCGCAGAUGUCUGAACGUUGGCGAGCUGUCAGCUCGGUGGCAUCGCUAUAUUCUGGCGGAUUUGAGUCCAUUCCAAAUUUGAAGUACCCUGGCUUGAUGAACAUGAUGCACCAAGGAGAUGCGCAGUCCCUCGUCAACUUCCAGCUGGCUCAGCGGUAUUUAGGAAGUGAUGCUGCAAUAAACACUGGACUCUAUGAUGUGGGAGCCACAGGAAACAACCUAUACAGGGUGUCUUCUUCAGGCGUGGCCAACAGCGAGCCCACAGCACAGCAUUUGGGGCUACUUUGUGCUCCUGGGUCUCAUCACAUUCCCCGAUCAACGCAGAAACAUCAGGACAUGGAACUGAUGGCAAAACUCUACAGUCAGUAUGCUCCAGAACCACUGGUGGCAGGUGAUCUAGAUGAACUUAGAGUUCAAGUGGUGGUGCCUGAGGAGCUGCAGUUUGCAAACGCUUGCUGUGUGGGCAUCGCUUCACAGACCUCCCUCAGCCUCUUCAACCCCUCUGAAAGAUGGCAGCAGGUGUCAAUAACCAUUGCAAGUCUGACCUUUAAUGGAGACAAGGUGGAUAGUUUUUCUUACCAAUGGCUGAUUGUCAAGAAUAAGACAAUCAUUGGCCCCAAAAGUACAGAAGAACAAAAAGUGUUGUUCAUUCCUCCAAAGGCUGGCAUCUACCAGUGUGUCUUCAGUGUUUGCUCCUGGCCUGCGUCGGCUAACACACAAGUGGCUGCCAGGGCCACUUUAUUUGCCAGAAGGGUGAUGCUGGUUGCCAUCGCACAGAAUCCUUCCAUAAAGGUUGAAGGAGGCAAAUCCGGAUGCUUGAAUUUUGGUGAUCUACCGGGAGGUAGUUCCGCAUCACUUCCUCUGAAAAUCAUUAAUACUACUGGCGCCACUGUGCCCAUCAGGCUGGUCAUCAAUGCUACGGCCGCAUCUUGGCGCUGCUUUACAUUAUCAAAGCAGCCUGUUCCCUUGGCAUCUGAGGCAGCACCCAUACCAACACAGACCUCUCAUUCCAUGCUCAAUCAUGUCAUGCACGCCAGCCAUGGAGACAGUCCAGAAUGUUUCGUGGUUUGGGUUCACUUCAAGGCUUGGCAAAAGUACACUUCCUCAUCAGAGGGGCUGGGUCCACCUGAUGAACACAGUGCCCGCAUAGAUAUUGAAGUGGACUCACCUGGUGUUGGUCAUCUGAUCCAGAGUGUUCCCAUCAGAGCUCGCUCUGGAACUGCUAAUGUGCAUGCACCAAAAGAUCUGCAGACGGUGUGCUUGCAGGCUCCACUGGGUAAAUGUGGUCAAACAACUCUGCCAUUGAAGAAUGCAGGAAACAUUGAUGUGCAGAUGAAACUCAAGAGCAAUGAUGACUGCUUCUCAGUCACCCCCGAUGAAUUGUUCCUCAAAACAGGAGAGAAACAAGACAUCCGGCUUUCAUUUCGAGCGUGGGGCGCUGAGCAACACAGAGAGAGUCUUCUUAUCAUCAUGGUGCUGCCAUCAGGCCCUCAGUAUGAAAUAACGUUAAAAGGAGACGUUGUUCCAGAAGAAGCUGCUGUCAUUGACUCUGGUCUGGCCAAUCACGUUCCUCCCAUUCUCUCCAACAAGCAGUUUGUGGCCUGGGGAGGGGUCACCUUGGGGCAAGCUGUUCAGCAGAAGCUGGUUCUCAGGAACAAUUCAUCCAACGCCACUCUACCGCUACGCUUACUCAUCCGUGGUCAAGACCAAGACUGUUUUCAGCUGCAGAGUUUGUUCAGUCCAGAGGCUCGUCUAACCCGACAUGGAGAACUCUCCAUUCGUCCGAGAGAGGAUGUGACCGUCCACCUGCUGUUUGCCCCCACCAGGGUGGCCUGCAUGUUAGCCAAGCUGGAGAUCAAACAGUCUGGAGUGCGGACAUCUCAACCAGGGGUUAAAUUCACCAUUCCACUUUCUGGCUACGGCGGCACCAGCAACAUCAUCCUGGAGGACCAGAGGAAGCAAGCAGACAACUAUGUGGCGACAAUGCCAGAUGUGGCUGUUAACGCUGUCAGCAAGACGUGUCUGUGUGUGAGGAACACAGGAUCCAGAGCGGCUUUCAUCAAAGCCUCGGUCUUCUCCGACGUUCCCUCUCGAUCACUGAUGGACCCGACUCUCGUCAGCGUGGCACCGUCACAGUUUGUCCUGAAGGAAAGGACGCAAGAGGUGGUCACAGUGCUCCUAAAGUUCACCCAGAGGGAGCAAAGGCUGUGUCAGUCAGAGACUCCCCAGCUGGCCACUCUGCUGCUGUUCUGUGGGGAUGAAGUGUCCAGACAGCAGUACAGGAGACUGCUUCGAAGCAAAGCACAUGUUGGACAGAACGUUCUGGCUCAGAAUAGCGUGCUAAAAAACUUGGAGUUUGAUGAGAAGUUCCUGGGAGAGGAAUUAAUUGAACCGUUCGAUCUGCCUGAGCGGCCAAAUGAGGCCCACAUCUUCUAUGGGCACAUUAGAAAGGUUGCAGUAUUGUUACUGGGCGGCACAGAAUGUGAGGACAGCACUGAGUUACCGCCGACGUCUGCUGGACAAGACGUGCUGCCCGGCAGUGGUGUUACAAAUGGAAAUAUGUCUUUGGACGUGCUGCCAGUGAGGGAUCUUCAAGGUCCAGCAAUGAAACCUACAGGAUCCACCUCAAAGACCUCAGAGGCAUCACACAAGCAGUCCGAGUCAUGGACUUUACGUCCAGAACUACUUGUCCUCGGAGUUCCGACAAAUGAUGCUGUGGCCAGCACCAAUCAGGUCCAGAUCAAAAACAACACCUCCAGAGAGCUGAGCUUUGACCUGUCCUGGCCUGCUCACUACCUCACCAUUACGCCUCAGCAUGGACUCAUUGAGCCACAGAGCCACCUCCAGAUUUUCAUCACUCCCAACCGUUCACUUGCCAGCAAGACUACCAUGCUGCCUUGGAGUGGACAGAUAUACGUGCAAUGUGAUGGUCAGCAGAAGUUUAUCAGGAUCCAGAUUCGUGGAGACCUGGCUCUGGAUGUUUCUGCUGCCCUAGCAGAUUCCACUCUGUCCGCCCUCAGCCCUCAAGCUGCCACUCCAUUGAUGCCUUCAGGGAGGACAAUCUCCCAGGCAGCACUUAAUACACCUACGCAGCUGCCUGAAGAUCUGAUCCAUUUCAGCAAGAAAAACAUCACCUUCCCCAACACGCCCUCAGGAGAAACAUCAGAGGAACACCUGGAGUUUGAGAAUGGGGAAGUGGAAGUAAGAUGGUACCUAUCAUCAUUUGCACCGACUUAUGUCAAGGGGGUUGACAACACUUCUGAUGUAUUUCGAGCAACCUACACUGCUUUCAGGUGCUCCAAAGUGUCAGGCUUGUUGGGAGUACAUGAGAAAAUGCAGGUGCCUAUUACCUUCCUACCAAGAGACAGAGGCGACUAUGUUCAGUUCUGGGAUUUGGAGUGUCAUCCAUUGUCUGAACCCCAGCAGAAAUCCAGAAUCCGCUUUCAAGUCAGUGGAACGGGCGUCAAUAGUGGAACUGUGGUUGGACCUCAGGAAGGAGAUUGCUCUUUGGUGAAAACUGAAACCAGCGUGAGGGCCAGAAAAAAAAAUAGCAGCCAGGAGGAUCCUGUCUGGAAAGGAGUUCACUCUCUUAAGCACCUUUAUACUUUCCCUGACACGCGCACAGGACAGUCCAGCUCGCUGAAAGUCGACAUCCGUAACAACUCACCGCACACACACCAGCUGAGCUUUGUAAACCCUAAGGAACCUUUCUUCAUCAAGCAUUCCAAAUACUCCCUCAGGUCUCAGCAUUAUUUGAAGCUUCCUGUCCAGUUCAAGCCGAACAGCGCAGGAACCCAUGCUGGCUUCCUGCUCAUCCAAUCAGAACGCGGCGAAAGUCUGAUCAUACAACUAAGCGGUGAGGCACUGCCUUCAGUUUAAGCGCUCGCUCCUUUCCCUCCACACGCUACUUACUCUUUGACGUCGUGCCAGGAAAGCUGAGCAGUUACUGACAAAAGAUGUGAACUUGAAAAUGGAUGUGGUCUAUGGUCUACAAGACCAGUUUGGCUCGGUUGCAGUUGUGAUUGGCUCGUAGUUUAAAAAAAUGAAGUUUUUUUUUUUUUUUCCUCAUAAGAGCACAGUGAUUUCACACACUACUAACUCAUUUACUGUUGUUGUAAAAUGGUAAAAGUUACUUUUACUUCCAUGCUAACAUUCAAAGCACUUGUCAACUGAUCUGAUCAGCUGUUUUGCAGAAUUUAGUGUCCUGCAGCAAAAAAAAAAUCCAUACAAGUCGAAUAAUGGGUUAGAGUGCUUGAGAAAGUGAGAAUCAGAAUGUGUCAUUGACUUUUAACAUCUUGCACAUCACAACCAAUGUUGCAAGCGCUGAUAAGUGUUGGUGUUUUAAAGUAUUUGACAACUACUAAUUGUCAAAUAUCAUCUAUAGUCCAAUCUCUCUGGCCUGAUUUUUGCUUCUAGUAAACAAACUUUGGUCAUCCAUCAUAAUGGCUGACUUCUUGUUGGUAGACAAUUAGUAUUUGCUUCAGCUUCAGUUGCACUACAAUAUUUGGACUGGGUAUGGUUACCAUAGCAACCCCUUUUCACUAGUCCACGCACUGAAGCAUAUUUUGGGGCGAACAUAACUCAAUGUAUGUACGUUAGUAUUGUUUUCGACAUUUAGAUGAUUGGACUUGUUCUCAUCAUUCACACUUUGCACAAUAUUUGAUUGCAAUAUGUAAAUAUAUAUUUUAGUGGUGUCUUUUGAAAUAAACUCUUUUAUAACA